UUUUGCGACCAUUCGUAGUUUCGCAACGGCUAGUCAUCUACAGUAUUACACCACAAAAUGUUCUGUUUAUCUACGUUUAGCUGUUAAAGGGAAGGCCAGACGGGCCUCCCAAGUGUAAGGAAGAAGUCUUGGACUGAAAUCAGUACAGCUAAAACCACAGCAAGGGAAAAAUUCAAWAUUUUUGAUGCCAUCUUCAGAUCGAUCAGUUUGUGUUGCAACGUCAUUGUGCUUAGUUGGCAAUACGGAAUAAUCGCUUCGGGCUUAUUCUGUUCGCUUGAUUUUUGACUAAGAAGAGUGCAGAUAGUUUUUUCUGUAUCUACGCUAUUCGUUAAGCUUUUAAAGCUGUUUAGAUGAACAAUUCUACGGUUCGGUUUCACCCUUAUCAGCGUUAUGCGUCCAAAACAAAUACUGAGCCGACUGCGCCAUUACCAAACUUAACGAUUGGACUACAGCCUACACCACUCAAACGAUCCAAGGAAACCCCUCAGAUAUGUAAAGUGGACAAAUAUAUCAUACUUGAACGCUCAGGCGGUGGAAAUCUUCAUCGAGCUAUCAAUACAGAAACUCAUAAAGAACUUUCGUGUAAAAUUAUAGAGGUAAACUUAUUUCGUGAGACUUUAUCUCCGGUUUUUCAUUUGACUUCGCAUGAAGGCAUCAAUCGAGUGGUCGAAAUCCUCGUCAGUGACUCCUAUGCCUAUGUAUUUUUUGAGAAGUCGUUUGGGGACCUUCACAGUUAUGUCAGGACUAAACGAAGGCUCAAAGAAGAAGAAGCUAGCAAGAUCUUUAGUCAGAUAGCCAGUGUCGUUUCUCACUGUCAUACGUCGGGUGUAGUCCUCCGAGAUCUGAAACUACGGAAAUUUGUAUUUCAAAACGAAGAAAGAACCAAAGUUAAACUAGAAGGACUGGACGAUGCUUGCUUACUKGAUGGCAACAAUGACACCCUUGAGGACAAACAUGGCUGCCCUGCUUACGUAAGCCCAGAAAUUCUACAAUCAACUGGAGGAUAUUCAGGAAAAGCUGCCGAUAUUUGGAGCUUAGGAGUCAUGCUGUAUACAAUGGUAGUUGGGCGGUACCCAUUCCAUGACAGUGAACCUACAGCACUGUUCUCAAAAAUACGGCGAGGGAAUUUCACAAUUCCUGAUACCGUGUCUUCAAAGGCAAAAUGUCUUAUUCGGUCAAUGAUGAGAAGAGAUCCCAAUGAACGGCUCACUGCGGCAGAAAUACUGGAACAUCCUUGGUUUAAUUCCACAUUUCCAAUCAACAGCCCUUGUCGAGUUGACCAGAAGAUACCAGACCAAACCGUCCCUGACUUGACCACUGACGAUAAUACUUCAUUCUUUUUAUAAAUAAUUCUAAAUCCACGUUUCUGCUUUCUGUAAGCUAGGUGUGUUUGGGGCCUGUUAUAAUCKUUCYRWCCUCAAUAACAGAAAGAGGAAUAGAAUUUGUCUAUGCCUUUGUCCGUGAUUGAGGAGGUGAAGAGAGAUUUUGCUUGCAGGGGGCAGUCUUUAUAUACAUAAUCCAAUUAAUCUUUGAUUUGCUCAUUUAAGCAAUCAGUUUAAGGUAUUCUUAUCAAGAUUUAUAAGGUUUUUCUSGGUGAAUUGAAAUUCACUGCUAGUGUUCAGCAAAACUUUGAGAAACAAAAGUUCAAAGUGUGUAGUUUUCAAGCUCACUCUUCAGAUAUCUUUUAUAAUGAUUAUUGUCCAGCUUCUGGUAUCUAUAGUCCUGUAUAUAAGAGUAGCAUUAAUAACCUGUAUCUAUAUCAAAUCGCCUGUACAGACUUUAAUUGACAUCAAUAGAGUUUUAGUUUUUCAUCGAGAGGGGUUUUCAGCUAUGCUAGACAUUGAAAAAAGGUGAAAGAACUCAGAUGGCAGUCUCCKCUGAGGGAGUGUYAUCUAGUUGCCCGCAGGUUGGGAGAGAAUCAGAACUUCUUYUUUUGUGCUGCAGCCACAACUACUGAAGUUUUGUCCAAACUUGGUUUGGAUAUCUCAAAUAAAAUCUUUGUUACAAA